UGGGCGGCACGUGGGUGGGUUCGAGGGAGCUGUGCUGGCGCUUGUGGUGAGAGGGGGAGAACGGCGGUGGCGCUUUGCGAAAGCUCCGGUCGGGCCGGCUGUCUUCGGGCCGUUCGGAAGGCGGUUGCCCCGUUCUCCUUGUCCUCGCUCGAUGCUGUCCUUGGGCAUUUCUGCGGGCCGAAGCUUGAACAGAGCUAGAAACCCACGGAUUUUACUCAAAAUGACAUUAGGAACAGAGAUUACAUCAUUUCUCAAGGUGUCUUCUUACAGUGGAACUGACCGAAAUUUCCUGAAAUGGGAUCUCUCACCCGAGCAGAUUAGAACAAAAACUGAAGAACUUAUCAAGAAAGCAAAGCAGGUUUAUGACAAAGUUGGCAAACUUGAUAUGGAAGAAAUCACGUAUGAGAACACUGUACAGACUCUAGCAGAUUUAGAAGUGGAAUAUUCAGUGGAAAGGAGCAUAUUGGAUUUCCCACAACACGUAUCCCCUGAUAAAGAUGUCCGUGCAGCAAGUACCGAAGCUGAUAAAAAGCUUUCUCACUUUGAUGUUGAAAUGAGCAUGAGAAAGGAUGUGUUCCAAAGGAUUGUCCAUUUACAGCAAAUGUGUAACCCUGACACUUUAAGACCAGAAGCUAAAAGAUAUUUAGAGAAGUCAAUAAAAAUGGGGGAAAGAAAUGGACUUCACCUUCCUGCAGAAGUCCAGAAUGAAAUCAAGACAAUCAAGCAGAAGCUGAGUGAAUUAUGUAUAGAUUUUAGCAAAAAUCUCAAUGAAGAUAACACAUUUCUGAUAUUUUCUCAAAACGAACUUCGUGCCCUGCCUGAUGAUUUUAUCAGUAGUUUAGAGAAGAUUGAAGCUGACAAGUAUAAAGUUACCUUAAAAUAUCCCCACUAUUUUCCCGUUAUGAAGAAGUGCAGUGUUCCAGAUACCAGACGAAAAAUGGAAACUUCUUUUAACAGCAGGUGCAGAGAGGAAAAUGCUGACAUUCUUCGACAGCUUCUUCCUUUGAGGGCAAAACUAGCAGAACUUCUGGGGUAUAGCACACAUGCAAGUUUUGUUCUUGAAAUGAACACUGCAAAAAUAACAGACAACGUUAUAACAUUCUUAGAUGGUCUAAGUAAUAAACUAAAACUUUUGGGUAAAGAAGAGAGAGCAUUUAUUUUAAAUCUGAAGAAAAAGGAAUGUGAAGAAAUAGGUGUCGAAUAUGAUGGAAAGAUUAACGCGUGGGAUCUGCAUUAUUAUAUGAAUCAGACAGAAGAGCUCAAAUAUUCUGUAGACCAGGAGAAGCUGAAGGAGUAUUUUCCUAUUGAAGCAGUUACAGAAGGCUUGCUGAAAAUUUACCAGCAGUUGUUGGGGCUUGUAUUUGAACGAGUGGAAGAUGCUCAUGUUUGGCAUGAGAGCAUUACUCUUUACACAGUGAAGGACAGUUCAACAGGAGAAAUUCUGGGGCAGUUCUAUUUAGACCUGUAUCCAAGAGAAGGAAAAUAUGGGCAUGCUGCAUGCUUUGGUCUCCAGCCUGGCUGCCUUCUUUCUGACAGCAACAGAAUGAUGUCAGUAGCAGCUCUUGUAACUAAUUUCACAAAACCAACUUUAGAUCGCCCAUCACUGCUGCAGCAUAAUGAAGUGAAAACUUACUUUCAUGAGUUUGGGCAUGUAAUGCACCAGAUAUGCGCUCAAACUGAUUUUGCUAGGUUUAGUGGAACUAAUGUGGAAACAGAUUUUGUAGAAGUACCUUCACAAAUGUUUGAAAACUGGGUUUGGGAAAAAGAACCUCUACAACAAAUGUCCAGACACUAUAAAGAUGGAAGUCAGGUCCCCGAUGAUCUCCUUGAGAAACUAGUAGCUUCUAGACUAGCCAACACAGGUCUUCUGACUCUUCGUCAGAUUGUUUUGAGCAAGGUUGAUCAGUCUCUUCAUACACAGCCUUCAGCUGAACCUGCUGAAGAAUAUGCCAAAUUCUGUGAAGAAAUUUUGGGUAUAUCUGCAACCCCCGGUACAAAUAUGCCAGCUACCUUUGGUCACUUGGCAAGUGGGUAUGAUGGCCAAUAUUAUGGAUACCUAUGGAGUGAGGUGUUUUCUAUGGAUAUUUUUUACAGUUGCUUUAAAUGUGAAGGAAUAAUGAAUCCCAAGGCUGGAAUGAAAUACAAAAAUCUUAUCUUGAAGCCUGGAGGCUCAUUAGAUGGGAUGGACAUGCUCCAAAACUUUUUAGGUCGUAAGCCAAACCAAAAAGCAUUUUUAUUGAGUAAAGGAUUAUGUGCUUAGUUACAUAAUCCUCCUGAGUUUUUUGGCAAAAGACAUCACCUAGGAGACCAUCUUAAAAUACUAUCAUGAAAAUUAAAAAAGACACUUUGUUAGGGAAAGUCUACUUGAGGUUUUAAAUGUUUUUAUUACCAGUUU